CUGAGAAAGAAGUCUACCAUUAUAAAGAGACUCAAAAAUCUCGAAACAAAUUCAGUGCAACAAAGCAGGUUAUUUCAUUCAUGAGCCGGAUUAAGAAUUCUAUUUAUAACGGUCACUAUAUUUUGAUAAAUAGUGAAACCAGCUUAGAAAAGGCGUAGUCCACUAACUAUUUUGAGACUCGACUAAAAAAUAUUAUUGUCAUAACAAAUUGAAAAUCCGUCUUGGAUUGACUCAAACUAACCAAAACCAGUGUCGAAAAAGCCAAGCUGGAAYACCUGAUCAAUAAGAAUUCAUUGCAUUGUCAUUGUUUUCUUUCUACAAACCAGGAAAAGGGCGCAGUCCGACUGAACAAGCAUUUCCACUGGUAAAUAUAUCUUAUCAAUGUGAAAAGUGGCACUGCAAGUAAGGAAAUUCUGGAACUGCAAAUAUUCUAUAGGAUGAGCAAUUCAAAUCUCUCCUUCAUCUGCCCAAGCUGUGUGUUAGUUUAGAACUUUAUCAGUAACGGUCCGUGCAUCGAGGAGAUCUUUGGACGGGUCGAGCAUCAGAGUAGGUUGAUAARUACAUAGAAGAUGGGGGGUUUUAUCAGCACGAUUCGAGACAUAAAAGUCAUUCUUAGAGACUUGAAAAUAACUCUGAAAUUCACCGCUAAGAUCGUACUCAAGGYCCAUGGAAUUGUUGACGAUAUUGAAAAUACCGUUCAGGAACUUAAGACGACUGUAAACAAUCUAUCGGCAAGGGUGCCUGCGCAGACCGCGACAAUACAGGAACAACUAAUGGAGGAAAAGUCAGCAACGUAUCUGAAUGAAGUUGUUCAGUGUAUUGAAACUACAGCUGAUUCAGUGAAAACUUCACUCGCUAAUGCCAUAAGUGUUUUGACAAGCGAUGACUUACUCAAAAACACAAGUGACGCCUUUGAUAAUCUGGUUAGUAAUCAUUCUGGGACGAACUUGUCUGGGGUAAUGGCAAGAUGGGCAAGCAUUCCUGAUGGAAUAGGUGAUUUGGUUAGACAGGACUGCAUUAGUUUAAAUGACUACACACAAAGCAGUAACGGCGUGAAGUCUUUGAAGGCAAAAACAAGUGACAAGACAGAUGACAAUCAGUUAACUGAAUUGGCAAAAUCGUCUGCCAAGAUGAAUGAAUUGGAUUCAAAAGAUGACAUGAGUCGUCCUAUUAGUGGAAAUGAUGAACUGGAUAAUAAGAUGGAAAAAAUCCCAAGGAGAAAUGUCAAAGAGAUUUCAUUUAUAGAACAUAGUGGCACAGGAAUUGUUAGAAUUCUCAAACCUUUAUUGAACAUCAACAACCAUAGUUUCAGUGCAUCAAAGUGGCAUGAAAUAGAAAUUUUCUCAACUCUAGCUAACAGGACUAACAGGAACUGUCGAUCAGAGCAACAAGACAAAAGUAUCGUAAAACCACAAGAUAUGAUACAAACUAAAUUGUUAAGUGGAAGAGAUUGCUUGCUUGAGCCUAUGACAGAACUCCAGACAGACAUUCUAUCCUUACUACUAAUGACUUUGGUGCAGGGAUUUUCAAGUGAAAAUACCAAAGUUUCUCAGAAAGCAAUUACGAUAUUGAGUGGUGGUCAGAAAUGUAAAAGUGUAGGUCAGGCUUUGAUGGCUGAGUGCAUGACAUGUGACUGAUACAGGAAGUACCAGAAACUCAAGGCUGCUCUUUCUUCCCAGGAUAACAUAGCAAGAUGUAUUUGCAAGGAGAAAAAUAACAGCAGAACUAAGACAAUAAGCCGGGAUAGUUUUGUGACUAUAUUUCAUUCACCCUGGGAUUUGUAGAUGCCAAAGGUAGCAGCAGUGCAGUUUACAUUAUUGCAACCAUCAAGCACUCAAAUUCCUGGCUAAGCAAUAUCAAUAUGUACACCAAGAAGCAUCCUUGAAAGUAAAGGCAGCUAAUAUUUUAAUAAUURUUGUUGGACUUAAUGUAGAUUAGGCCAGAAAUAUCUUUUGUAUUUUGAUAUUUGAACCCUUUUUCAUGUUUGGUAUUUGGAGUAAUUUUUGUAAAUAAUUUUUAUAAAGCAUGUAAUUAGUAAUUGCAAAUUCUUGGAGUAUAUAAAUUUGUUAGUAAUAAGYUUUAAAAAGGCAAAUAAAAAGCUUCUUGAAUGAUGUUAUUCUUGUUGGUACCUGCAAUCUUUAGGUUCACAUCUACAAACCACCUGGACUUAUCACUAAACAUCUAACUAACRAAACAUACUACAAUGGCAUUCCCUUAUGAGCAGAGAUUAUGAAUUCUAGCCCUUAUAUCUUACCAGUACCCUUCAAAUAUUGGCAUUGGGGUAUAAACUUGCCACAAGUCAUCCUAUGGGUAGCUCUCUUGUCUCCUGUUAGACCUUGUUAUUUAACUACAACCUCAACUGACCUUAAGAGGGGUAAAGAGAAUCUUUGCUUGAAAUUUACUCACAAUAUCUCCCUAUUUCUCCAUAUUUCACUUUGAACAUUCAAAUGUUACUUCUACAGUAACUUACAGUAACAGCACUUUAUUUUAGGGUUCACUUAAUUUGAAGCCAAGCUCUGUUGUGCUUAACCYUUCCAUUAUAGCUUAGAAACUUAGAUAAUUGUCAUGGAUAAAAUAAUGUAAAUAAAUAAUUCAUAAUGAUGCACYAUACAUCAAAUACAUAAAUUGUAUUUAUUUUAUAGAAAUAGUUACCUUCUUGUAAGGCUCUGGUUAGUUGAUUGUAUCUGCUUUUGUUUGUGU